GUGACGGUAACAUUGGGAAUUGCUUGGUAGGGGGUGCAAUUAUUUCGGUUUGCUGGGCUCCGUUCACUACCAACGUCUCUCCUAUACGACCUUUCGCUCUCUUUAACCCCUUUCAGUCUUUACUGUACGACGAAGACGACCUGAACAAGCCAUCAGGUCGGGGAAGCAGCGGACUUCUUGCACACGUUUGCCAAUUGGAGACGCUCUAUAUCCGAAGAGAAGGAUAUAGAGACUGUCAUUGAUUGCUGAACGCAUAGAGCUAUAUAUUGGGACCACGCUUCUCGUCUGAGCUACGGUCUUAAACUAGCACCCUAAAGUCAUGCAUCCGAAAAGUAAGAACCCGUUGAAAAGGCUUCCCGCAUGGGUUUCGCUGUCCAUAGGCAUAUUCAUUGGCCUCAUCGUGGCUAACAUAUUCUCCUCAAGCACCUCACCAACAUCUGUCUGGCGAGGUGGUCAUGCACCAAUAUAUGGUUCCGGUCGAAUAUCCACUCGACAUCCAAUAACGCUUCCUACAGCAGAUCAGCGUUUCCGAAUCCUGGAACUCCUCACAUCCCUCUCGCCACACUAUACAAAGGAGUGUACCCGAAAUGCUCAACCUCUGUAUAAGGAACAAGCCAUGGAACGAUAUGCAGCUCUCAUCGGGCAUGACCGACCGUCCCGUUCGUCCUGGUUAGACACUCUUGGACUUGGGUCAAAUGGUUUGGAAGGCGACUAUGUCCCGCCAACUGCUCGUCUCCAACCAGACACGCACAAAUACUUCUUCGCCAUCAACUUGUACAACUCAUUCGACAUCAUCCCGGAUCUCUUCGCUACUCUCUUCAGAGCCGCCUCCGUACUGGGGUACCAAAACGUCUUUGUAUCAAUCUACGAGAACGGAUCCACUGACCAGACGAAAGCGUUACUCCGGAUAUUCGACGCUUUGUGUCGGUCGGUUGGUAUGCGGGUGAUGAUUCGGACAUCGACGAGGACUAGGGGUGCAUUCAAUCAUCGAAUCGAGUACUUGGCCGAAGUCCGGAAUGCCGCAUUUGUGCCGUUGCAUGAGUUGAGGAAUACGGAAAAUGAGUAUUUUGAUACUAUCGUGUUCAUGAACGAUAUCCUCCCCUGUGUGGAUGAUCUCUUGGAGUUGAUUUGGCAGAGUCGGAGGAAUAAUGCGGGGAUUACUUGUGCAGCGGAUUACAUGUUCCACGAGGAGCUCGGUUCACCUGUGUUUUACGAUAACUGGGUCGCACGAGACAUCAACGGCACCGCACUCGAGAACGCACCCUUCGAGUCCGUCUUCCAUCACCCACCUUCCCAAGACCGAUUCAUGCGUCAUCUACCAAUUCAAGUCCAAUCCUGUUGGAAUGGUGUCGCAGUACUGGACCCAGCACCUUUCUAUGCCCCUCCCCAUGUAAGGUUUAGGAUGGCUAAGAUCACGGAAGGGGAGUGCUCGGCCAGUGAAUGUAGUUUGAUUUGCAAUGAUUAUUGGGAGGCGGGAUAUGGGAGAAUCAUGAUGGUGCCGAGAGUCAAAUUGGCUUACGAUAGGAGGGUGUACGACAUCAUUCACCCUGCGAGGAAGAAUCUCACUUCUAUCCGUGGAUACUCUCGUCUGGGAGGAUUACCAGAUAACCCUCGUACAGACCCUCAAGAUCGUGCGUGGUUCGGUCCUCACGACCGUCUAUUCACCGAGGAAGAAAGCGAAGAGCUCGACUUUACUCCUGGUCCCGAUCAUGGUACGCUAUACCUCUUACUCUAUGUGUUCUCCAAUGUGCUGACAACGUUGAUGAAAUUAUAGUGUGGUGCUGGGGAUGGGACGGGGCAGGAGACCUCGAUGGACCCGACGUAGACCCGAUCUGGGAACAUAUGCCAAACGUAUCAACGAGACCUGAGGCAGUCAAAGUGCGACAUCAUAGAGACCUUAAUCUUCUAUGAGCUUUCUUGCCUUUCCUCCACUUGGAGGUGCAGUAGUACUAGUACCGGGACAUUUUGGAGACACUUUCGUUACUUAUUCAAUGUGGAUAUUUCUGGCAGUCUUACAGUAUACUUAAUAUGUUUCUAUCAUUGUUACUUCUCGUCGUUCGCUAGCUCACUAUGCAUUGAAAUUGUACUUGAAGGC